GCCGCGGGCCGAGGCCCAGAGUCCGCGCCGGGAAGUUUGCGGAGUCUUCGCUGCUGGCGCCCGGGUGUCCACUCCCGCAGGACUUGCGUUCUGGCGGCACCGGCGGGCCUGGAGCGCGAGUCGGAUCGGUCUUUCUUUACGCCGCUGGGCUGCGGGGAAGAUUCGGGGCCGCGACCCCUCGCCGCGGGACGGCAGCUGACCCGGACCUGUGCGCGCCCGGACUGUCCCCACGUCCGCCCGCGGCCAUGGCUGACCACCUGAUGCUCGCCGAGGGCUACCGCCUGGUCCAGAGGCCCCCGCCCGCCGCGCCGGCCCACGGCGCUCACCUGCUCCGGACUCUGCCGCCCUACGCGGGCCCCGGCCUGGACGGCGGGCUGCGGCCGCGGGGGGUCCCGCUGGGCCCGCCGCCCCCCGUGCCCGGCGCGCUGGCCUACGCGGCCCUGGGGCCGCCCCCCGCCUUCCACCAGCCCUUCGCCGCCGUGCCUCCGCCCGCCGCCGCCAGCGCGCACCUGCCGCCUGUGGCCGCGCCCCCCGGGGCCCCGGCGGUGGCCGCGGGCCCCGCGCCCGGCAGCCCGGCCCCGCUGCCGCCGCCGCCCGCGCACGCCCUGGCGGGCAUGGACGCCGAGCUCAUCGACGAGGACGCGCUGACGUCGCUCGAGCUGGAGCUGGGGCUGCACCGCGUGCAGGAGCUGCCCGAGCUCUUCCUGGGCCAGAGCGAGUUCGACUGCUUCUCGGACCUGGGCUUAGCGCCGCCCGCCGGCUCGGUCAGCUGCUGAGCGCCGCCCGGCGCCUGCCCGCCUGCCCGCGCGGCCGGACCUCCCGCCGCGCCCCUCCCCGCACCCUGAGCGCGCCACGCACCCUCCGUGAGGGUGGGGGACAGCGCGUGGGCGCACCAAGCCCUCGUCGGCCGCGACUCCGAAGGGCCUCUCUUGUCCAUCCCGCCGGGCCUCCUGCUGGAUGACCAUCUGGCUUCACCUCGCUGACCCUGAGCCUCAGCGGUAAAAACCAAGGGGGAGCUGAACCCCCUUUCGGACGCCUGGUUCAUGGAUUGAGUUCUCUCAGACUCUCCCUCCACCCGAACCCCCAAUCUGAGCCACUCCGGGCCCCUGCCUGAUUUCCCGCUCUCUCCUCGUGCGUCUCCUGGGGUCUGGCCCCGGGACCCUGAAGCCGCCCCUCCCACCCGGGCGCUCUGGGCGCCGAAGCCCACUCUGCCCAAGCCCGCCCGCAGCGGGAAGUAACGUCCCAUUUGGCCUCCAAAACCAAAAUAAAACUGGGUCACUUUA